UGAAAGGGCGAUGCGCGGAGCAAAAAGGCUUGGCAGGUCGUUCGUUCGUUAUAUACGCUUUCCCCGCUCUCUCCGCACCUAUCCCAUAUCCUCUCUGCCCACACUGCCUGCUUCGAGUUCGACCAACCUACCACACUGUACACUGGACACCAUAGCUCAGCAGAGCACAGCUCGGGGAGUAUAGGCGUAGAGCCUGAGAGGAUAGAGCACCGUCUGCAGCUCUAGCCAGCAGAUCGAGCCGCGCAAGGGGAAUGGCGGCCGUGGUGGCGGCAGUGGAGGCGGGGGUGGUGGCGGUGGCGAGCGGGCGGAGCAGCAAGCUGGUGCGGGGCCUGUACUGGCGCCUGCGCGCGGCGGUCCGGCGUCUGCAGUCGGAGCGGCGCAGGUGGCGCGGCGGCGGCGCCAGGCGGGAGCGCUUCAGCAGCUUCCACUACGACGCGCUCAGCUACGCGCUCAACUUCGACGACGGCCGCCCCGCCGCCGACUUGGUCCUAGUAUAGUAUGAUGCACAUCGCGCUCGCUAGCUAGGUGGUGCUCGAUUAGGUGGUUGCUGGUUCGUGUGGGGAAUCUUAUUGUAGUUAUUAGUGAUCGGCGUUCUGUGUGCUUCUUUAAUGCUUUAAUUAGGAGCUGCAAUUUUUUUUUGGAAGAAAAGAGCCCCCUGUAGCUGUAGUGGCUCUGUGCGCUUCCAUGCUCUCUCUUGCUAAUGUAGACACCACGAUCUGCAGGGUUGAGAUUCUUCUUC